AUUAAUCAUUAACUGGAAAAAUCUACAGCAAGAACAACAGCAUAUCACUUUUCAUGCACUGGAAGCCGAAUCAUGAAUAUUAUUCUACUUUUAGGCGGUAAGAUUUUUUUAUCUUUCUACAAAAAAAUCCAUAGCAAAAUUACCCACAGAAAACCUCAAAUAUUGUGGGGAUAAGGGAUGAAGGAAAAUUGGAGAACUAUAAUCAAAAGGAGACUAAAGUUUAACUCACCUGGGAAUAAGUCUCAUUCAAUUCAAUAUGGCUUUCUUCUGAAUGGAAAUGUACAGGAUUACAGCCUUAAUAACUUGGUGACAGAAUAGAACUCCUCUUGAAUUCCACGCUCAUUCCCUUUCCAUGUGGGUUUUGCCUAUACAUUUUUUGAGUAUCCAAAGUGAUGUUCAAAUGCUUCUUUGCUUUCAUAGCUGUUCUCACCAACUCUAGGAACAGUGCCAUUCACUUGCUGCCAUUCCUGAUUAUGAGUUAUUCAGCAACUGGUAAGUAUUCUGAGCGGUGUUUGGGUUUUUUUAAAAAAGUAAUUGCCUUGGCCAGUUCCCUGCUCUGUUUUUACUAGAAAUGUCAGCUUUAAUCAAUUUAAUUGGCAGUCACCAACUAAAGAUUUAAUUGGAGGGACUUUUAUUUUUAUUGGUAAAGAAUAUAUUAAAGAUGACCCUUCAAUUUAACAAUGAACCUAAAAGUGAUACAAAGCUCCUUCGGUGUCUCAAGAAAACAACUAAUUUGAGUUUCUGGUCAUACGGUUAAUCCAGUGAAUAGUCAAUUAAUGGGUUAGAAUUAUAGAACUGUAAAGUACCUUGAUGAUCAUCUAGUGCAAACCGCUGAUGAUCCGUAAACCUGUUUUGCGUUCAGUCUUGUUCAUCUUUUCCUGUCUAUGCAGUUUUGAGCAUGCAUAGAAGUGAUUGCCCUUUACAGUAACUGCUGUUUCAAUAUCCUUCAGACUGAGCUUAUAAUUCUGUCCCCAAGCAAGCCUACCUUUUAAGGGCGAGGAAAGCCACAGUUACCAGAAAACGUGAUCAUUUCUGAGCACACUCAAAACAAUUCUUCUUUUAAGUGGGAAUGACUAGAGAAUGUUUUCUACAUUCUUUGAAAUAGAGUUGGUUUGAAAUUGACAAGCGUUACCUCAGAGCCCAAUGUUUUUUCCUGCUAUGCAGCUCACAUAGUGGAUAACAUCAUGUAUUUCAUAUUAGACCUUUUUGAUCUUUUCACACCCAGUGACCAAUAUUAAUUCUAACCUAAAACAUAGGACUCACUUGUGAUUUUCUACAAUAUGUUUGCAUCUCCAAUUUAUUUUAUAAAAACUAAGUGGUGGUAGGAUUGGGUUGGCAUGCAAGUUUCAAGACCGCUAGUUGAAUAUCAUUGCUUUAUGUAACCCAGAUUACAGAAAUAAAUACAAAUUUUGCCCAAAUAUUUAUUGGUGUUUAUGCUUCACACUGAACUAUCUUCCUAUCUCUUUAGGUAACAGUACGAGCCCUUUGAUUGUUCUUGACCAAUAUGAGGGUAGUGGGAUCAGACUUGUCUGCAAAUCUGAGAAUGUGAGAUCUCCUGAGCUUCUGCAGCUGUCAUGGAUGGAUGGCAAAGGACAGGAACUUUCUGCUACUCCAACCACUCUGGGCAAAAGCAGCAUUGAAAAUUCUGUUCUUCUAGAAUGGGGUUCUGGGAGUGCUGUCUCCUGCAGAAUCACCAGUAAAUCUUCAAAUACACCAAUAGGAUCAACAUCCCUUGUAAUUGCAGGUGAAUGAGAAAUGGUGCUGUAUAGAAACUGGUGAUGAAUGUGUAGAAUGAACACAGUGUUAACAAUGAAUAUUCACAAUGCUCCCUAACAAUAGUAUAAACUUUUGGGGGAACGUUAUUAAGUGAAAUAAUUUGCCUAUGCAUAUUGAGGAUUAGGAGCAAAGAAACAAUAAAUCCAGUCUUCUGAGUAGGAUUUACUUUAAUGUUGCUUUCCUACAUGGUCCAUAGGACUAGGAAAAUUAAUCCUGUGAAGAUUUGAGAUAUAACAAGAAACAUGAAUUGUUGUUCAAGUUGCAUUAUGGCUCCACAUUGGUCUGAACUAAAGAAUUCUGUCAAUGGAUGCAGAAUUUGCCAGGUGUCUUUUCUGCUAUCUGUAGAUAUUCAUAUUUAUUUAUCAUUAUUAUUUUGAAACUUGGUUUAAACUGUGCUUAUUGUUUCCUAUGGACGAAUUAAAAAGAAAAAAAAGAAAAAGCAGAGAAGAUCUUCUAACUGUUGACUUUGUUCUAUUCACAGAUAUCUUUUUCCCUUCCACCUCCCUCUGUAUGGUUGGCUUCUUCGUCAUUGCAAUACUCAUCAUCAAUGUCAUAAUUUUCACCUAUUUGAAACUAAACCGUAAGUUUUCCCAUUGUUCCAGAACAUGAACACAAAGACACACAGAGAGAGACACAUUAAAUGGGUGUGGGAUAUCUUUAUCAUCAUGUUUCUGGAUUUGGAGAGAGAGAGAGAUGGAUUGGAUGUGCAUUAGGGUAUAUAAAUAACCACAAGCAGAACAAGAAAAUUCAGAAUAUGAAGAUAAUCUAUAACUAGGUUUACACCCACUUACAUACUUUCUAUAGGGGCUGGUGUACACAUGUCAGGUGUACAACGGAAAUUUUACUAUUAUUGUUGUAGUAGUUAUUAUUACAAUUGUAUCCCAUCUCUAUUCCAAGAAGCUUAUAGUGGCAUACAUGAAUGAAUCUUUAUUUGUGUCAACCAUUGGCCAUAACAAUAAAACAACAAAGAAUAAAAAUAAAAAAGUCAAUUAUAUAAAAUACAUUUUAGGGUUUUGAAUCAAUAGUCAAAUAGUGGAUUUUAUUCUAAUUGCCCCAGCUAAAAACCUUACAACCUUUGCUGUCACCUGCUCAUCUUGAUCAGGUGCCAAGAAAAAGGACACUGUGGCAGUGGCUGGGUGACCCGGAAUGGACAAUAAAAGACGGGUAAUAACCUCAUUCCUGAAGUCUUUAUAAAAGAGUGCAGGCCAGAAGGGCAUGUGUCAAUGAUUAUGGAUGUGCCAUCGCAUACAUAAAUUAAGCAGAACAGUGACUGGUUCAAGGUGAGCUUCAUGGCAGAGUCAGGAUUUGAACUCUUGUCUCUGGGGGCCUAAUCUGACACCACCAUUCCUAGGGCCGCUGUGCCCAUGAGGCAAUGUAAGAUGGCCACCUCAAGCAGCAGGUGCCACAGCAGUGGUGGAGCUGGCCUCCAAUGAAGGUAUCGCCCACUGCUGCCGCCGCAUUGCUAGCAGCCUGGUGGUGGUGCUGGAGGAAAAGCGAGCAAAGACUUUGAGUGAAAAGGCAAACAGGAAGGAAGCGUUUGGGCUUUGCAGCUGUGCAGCACCAGCCUGGAGACUUUGGAGAGGGCAGCCCUCCAGCCCCCUCUCCCCAUAACCCACUUCAUCACAGCACUUCAGACCUAAACUCAAGCAGGCCACCGUAAUGCUGGUGUACUUGCAGGUAGUGGCAGUGAGCGGCCACAACACUGAGAUGUGGUAUGGUACAUUUUGCCUCAGGCAAAUCCUCUUGACCCAGACCAUUCCAUACUGGCUCUGUCAUAGAAGUGUGCACCUAAAACCUCAAGAAUGGCAUGUAAGGUGUUGUGUUUUUUUUUUUAAAAAAGGUAAAGGACCCCUGGACAGUUAAGUCCAGUCAAAGGCAACUAUGGGGUUGCGGCUCUUAUCUCGCUUUUCAGGCUGAGGGAGCCGGCCUUUGUCCACAGACAGAUUUCCGGGUCAUGUGGCCAGGAUGACUAAACCGCUUCUGGUGCAACGGAACACCGAGACGGAAACCAGAGCACACAGAAACGCCGUUUACCUUCCCGCUACAGUGGUACCUAUUUAUCUACUUGCAUUGGCAUGCUUUUGAACUGCUAGGUUGGCAGGAGCUGGGACAGAGCAACGGCAGCUCACCCUGUUGUGGGGAUUCGAAUAGCCAACCUUCUGAUCAGCAAGCCCAAGAGGCUCAGUGGUUUAGACCAUCACAUCAUACAGCCAGGGUUGUCUAUGGUCUCCUGUUAAGCAUGCACCUUCUCAGAACAUUGAUUGUUACAUAAUGCUGAGAGUGGUUUCCCCCUAUAAACAAAGAACAUGCGUAUAAAAAUAGAAAGUAUAUUAAAAAUCUUGUUCUUUAUUUUAUUUCAGACGAUCGUAGGAAGAUUGCUUUUUCAGGUAAUCACUGUAUCACUUUAUGGAAUGAUUUAUGGGAUUGUGUUAACUGGGAGAAUAAGGGGCUGAGCAAAGUCUGCUAGGUGGGGCAGAGUGAAGCCAUUCAAGUCCUAACUAUGCUGAGGUUCUUACCAGGGCUGAAAGUUUAUACAUUGUUUGUUAUAAGGUUCGAAGUAAUAAUAAUUUUAUUAUUUAUUAACCCCCCCCCCCCAAAAAAAGCUGGCUGGGUUUCCAUACAUUACAUAACAGAGCAUGGAUAUUAGUGCUUUUGUUGCACACCCACCCAAUAAUUAGAUAUUCUGUGAUAUGGAUUUUAAAUGUUUCAUAAGUUGAUCAUCAUUUUAAGAUUUUGUAAGUCAAACAUUUUGUAAAGUGCACUGAACAAAUGUUAAUAAUACUAAUAUAUCCCUCCCCAUGUGCAGAAAAUGAAAAGUUAGCAUUAGAGGAAGGUAAGCAUGGAUUUUCUACUCGUCCUUAUUAAAAUUGCACAUGAAUUACCCUGAAUAUGUUUACUUCCAUGACUAGCACCAUUGGGCAUCCCCUGGCACUGGAAUCCAAUGGCAUUGCUCCUGCUCUUCCUCACUUGCCUGUCGCCUCUGAGCAAAUGGUCUGGGACAAGAGUGCAGGGCUAGAACUACACCCUCCGCUUGACUUGCCCUCUGCAUCUGGGGCCACCACUGUUUAUGGCAUAGUCCUCUUGGCUAGUUUCCAACUGUGAGCUUUAGCAUAUUGUGCAGGUGAAGAAUAUAAGAGUACAGGCCAGUAGAUAAUAUCUAUGAACUGAAAGAGAAAUGUUUACCUCCCGUUCAUAAUGAAGCGCACACACUUCCUGUGUAUGUGUCUUGGAUAUCUAUCUAGUAUCAGUUGUGGUUUUCUGGAAUAUAAAACCCAAACCAGAACUGGAAGAUGAGAUACUGCCAGUGGGUCAGAUCUUUAAUUCCCCACUUCCCAAAGGCCAGCUUUUGUAGUUGGAUGUUACCACUGCUGCCCAACAGAAUCCCCUUCUCCUUCGAUAUAUGGCAUGAUCCAAUAAUAAUAUUUCUCUUCUCUCUCUCUCUUUAAGAAAAAGCAAAGCUUCAAUGGGAACUAGGUAAGAGUCCUAUUCAGUUUCUGCCUGUCAUAAUGGUAAAAUACAUUGGGGUCAUUCAUUGUAGAUUUCACACAGAUAUCAUUCUGUGUUUAUGUUCCCAGAUACAGUUAGAAAUGAAGUUUGAACAACUGCUGUGGAGAUCCACGUACCACACUUAAAAUUUCACUGUCAAUACAUUAUCAUCACCAUCAUCAUUAUUAUAUUUGUUUAUAUCCUGCCUCUUUCCCUGACAGGGACUCGUGGCAGCUUACAGAUAAAACAGAAACAUCAACUUGUACAUUUCACUUGUUACAUAUUUUUAACAAUUUAAUAAUACUUUGCUCACCAUGUGACUAACUCUAUCACUCUUUUAUUAUUCAGCGAAAGUAAAAGAAGAAACAGGAAAAGGUAAUUCCAUAGCACUAGCAGGGAUGUCAACUAGUCAAAUUCUUAAUAAUAAUACCUGUAAUAAUAAUAAUUUAUCUGUACCCCACCCAUCUGACAGGGGUGCUGCAGCCACUCUUCCUUUUACAGCCUGAUUCUCUCUCCAGCUGCAGCUGUCAUAACUUGAACCUGGCAGCUAGGCAGAUGAAGCCCACUGACAUUUAAUCAUGAAAUAGAGAUUGUAUUGAAUGGUCUAGUAGAUACUAAAUAUGAAGAGGAAAUUCAUUGCUGCACCUUCUAGCCAAGGAAAUACAGUGGUAUCUCUGGAUGCGAACGGGAUCCGUUCCAGAGCCCUGUUUGCAUCCUGAGCAGAACGCAACCCACGUCUGUGCGUGCGCAGGUCGCGAUUCACCGCUUCUGUGCAUGAUGUCAUUUUGAGCAUCUGCGCAUGCGCAAGUGGCUAAACCCAGAAGUAACCCAUUCUGUUACUUCCGAGUCGCCACGGAACACAACCUGAAAAUGCUCAACCUGAAGCUACUUUAACCCGAGGUAUGACUGUACUACUUUAGAAGCUGGUGUAUUUAUAAUAAUUUUUAAACAGCUUAAUAUUUUUAAAAUCUCUAAGGUCCUAGUCCUCAGAAUGUAGUGCAAAAUGUUUUGAUAUCCGUAAAUCAAAUCUGAUCUAAAAACAGUAUAUAUAAUUAGAUAAUGAUACCUGCCUUAAAUUUUAGGAUGGAUGGAUGGAUGGAUAGAUAGAUAGUUCUGAUUGUUUCUGGGUACUGUAUAGAAAAACUAAACUAAAUAAAACUAAGCUAAUCUUAAACAUUCUAGAAGGCAAAUUGAAAAGCCCUACCUUGCUUAUAUUCAUAAAAUAUUGAUCCUUUUUAUUUUGUUCAUUUGCAGAAUUCAAGAAAGUGCAAGAAAAAUUCGGUAAGGAUGAUUUUCAGUAAUAUUCAGUAACAUGUGACUGAGUGGAUGGACGGUGCAACACUCACAUAUGUUUUUUGUUCACCCAGAGGCUGUUUUCAAACAUGAGGUUUAAAUUGUCUUUGUUUCCUAUUCCCCCCCCCCCUGCACUCACAAGCCAUAGAAUGCACCUGCCGGGGCAAACAACUAGUAGUGUCACUGACAAGAAAAGUGGGUAUCUUGUUAAGGUACUUUUUGCCCUCAGAUAGGCCCUGGAAGAAACAUUAUUUUCUCUGCCAAGUGAAUCUAUCCAGGAAGGAUAUAGCUUGCUGCUUGACUAAGAGGUUAUAAGGCAUUCCAGAGUCAGGAUGCAAAAGCCACCCUCAAAGUGUGCCCCCCCCUUUAAUUUGCACUUUAGGUCUUUUUAUUUAUUGAAGUUAUGCAUUGAUCUGAGGUCUAUAGCUAUACUUAUUACCUACACUUAAGACCUAAACUCAGGCUACAUUCAGCUUCAACUGAAGAAGAAUUGAGCAAAAGCCUUGCACUUCUUUAUUUCUCCAUGCUUAGUUUUAAAGCCAUUCCAUCUGAUUGCUUGAAACACUCACAUUAUCUAUGUUUUGUCAGAAGACAUUUGUGAAACAGUUGCUGAUUGAAUAAUACCUUCAUUUACAGCAAAAGCCGAGCAUGAACUAGGUGAGUUGGAUCAAAACAUGUUUUGAUUCUUACAUUCUUUAAAUGUAAACUGUUGCACCAUUGCAAAUCUCACGAUUACCUAUUGUUUUACAUUGCAGAGUUCAGGAGGGCAUUGUCCUGUGCAGGUAUGAUCAUUUGUGAAUAUGGAACACCUUCAGCAGUUGUCAGUCUAUAUUCUCAAGGCCGAAUGAGAGAAUAUAGUAUAUUAAAGGCUUCCUUGCAUUUAGUGUGCCCAUUUUUAAAAAUACAAAUAGUGGUGUUGGGAAGUGAUAAUUAUCAGUAUAUCAGAAGACUAAUAAAUUAUUGCAGGUGGGUGGGGAGUUUAACUCUCUUCCUUUGAUCUUGAUUCCUGAUUUACUCAUUUAAGCAUCCUUAAAAUAUCAAUGACUUCCCUACUUCUCUUUCCAUAGUUCAUUUCAUAUAUCAUAAAUCCCUGCAUAUUUUACAUAAACUAAACCAUUCAGUAUUCCAUUAUUACAUCCAUCAAAACUUAUUUACACUGUUGAAUUUAUUUUAACGUUGCCAACAUUUUCAAGUGUACACUAGAACUACAUAAGAAUUCCAUUUACAUCAGUUGAGGGGGCAAUCAAUGUGCCAAGUUAGAAAGUCCUUGUAUUUAGGGACACUCCAGAUGUCCUCCAGAUGUCCUUUCCCCAUAUAGCGAAUAGCUAGAUUAGAGCAUUGAUUUCAAAAGCUGAUGCUGGGUUCAAUAUUAUCAUUUUAAAAGUAUGUUUCUGUCUAUAUUACACUGAAGUCAACAACUGCAUAAACACAAGAAUGCAUUAAAUUAGACUCCAUAUGGUGGUAAUACUCAACGAUGUGGUGGAAUGUAAUUGUACAGUGGUUUAUGAGGUGGGUCAGAGAUAGUUCACCAUACCACUGCAAGGGGUCACAAGCAAUAACCUCACACAAAAAAAGAUCCCUGUGUUUAAUAUGGAUAGUAACAAUCUUCUUUUGUAAAUGGCAUUAUUGUUUCUUCCUGCUCUCUAGUCGAUGUCACUCUGGAUCCGAAAUGCACACAUGCCAAACUCAUCAUCAAAGAGAAGAAUAAAGUCAAAUAUAACCAUUCUCUCUUAGAACAACUGAAAGAUCCCAAAGGACCUCUGAUUGCAGUGGCAAAUGAGGGGUAUAGUGGGGGGGAGAUGUACUGGGAGGUGGAGGUUGGACACAAAUGUGAGUGGGAGCUGGGAGUAAUUACUAUAACUGCAAGAAAAAGGCUAGAAGAGGAGAAGCUGGAAAAGCCACUGGAGGAGGGAUAUAUUGGUAUACGAUGGUUCCAGGGUAAGUUUCAUUGCACUGGAGGAAAUAGCCUAACUGAUGGCCAGAAUGAAGAAUGUGAAGUUGUAGGUGUUUUUCUGGACGUGAAUGGGAAAGUGCUGUCUUUUUAUAAUGUCCAGAAGAUGUGCCCUAUUCGGUUAAUCCCUUAUAGAUUCUCUGAGGAAAUGUAUCCAUUCUUCAAUCCUGGGAGUGAUGAUAAGUUCUUGAAAGUCCGACCAAUAAGCAUCCCUAAAUGUUUAAUAUCCCUGUGAAAGAAAGUACUUCCCAUGUUUUCUACAUGUUACAGAGCCUUGUGUAAGGACUGGUUUACACCUGCUCCUUUGAUUUUGAUUUUUUUUUUUUUACACCUAAUUACUCAUAGUUAAUGUAAAUGUAAUGUAAAUUCUCCAUUAGGAAGCCUAACUUUUGCAGUGAGGUGUUCUGCCUGUGUUGCAAGUCAUCAUUGUUAGAUGUUGCUCCCAUCAGAUGAUAAUCACAUGAACCAGCCUAAAGUGAUUGAUGGUGGGAGCGUUAUCCUGGAAACGGAAACCAAAGGGCAGGUAUCUGUUGUGGGUGUUACUAGAUCUGGAUCAGAAGAAGACAGGUUCAUUCUAGAAGCAGAAAAAAUGAGACACCCUUCAUGCUCUUUCAGCUACAGAAAGAAUCACAGACAUUUGGACUAGCUUUUUUUGUAUUGAUUUUGACCCUGGAGAGCACAUGCUACAAGUUACUAAUGUGUCUUGUCUCUUCAGAUAUGCAACAGGUUUGGGUUGUUGUUUUUUCCAGAUUGUUGGAUUUUGUUUUGUUUUGCAGAAUAUGCAAAACAUCCCACAGCCUCAAAAGCACAAGAUAAACUAUAGAUUGGUCAGCAAUUCUGUACAUAUCAAUAACUGGAGAAGUAGUAUGAAAUCUACUGUUGAUACCAAU